GGAGCGGCGCCGGGUCGGGAGCAGGAUCGGGAUCGGGACGGGACCGGCAUCAUGGGCAAGUCGGAUUUCCUCAGCCCCAAGGCCAUCGCCAACCGCAUCAAGUCCAAGGGGCUGCAGAAGCUGCGCUGGUACUGCCAGAUGUGCCAGAAGCAGUGCCGCGAUGAGAAUGGCUUCAAGUGUCACUGCAUGUCUGAGUCCCACCAGAGGCAGUUGCUGCUGGCUUCUGAAAAUCCUCAGCAAUUCAUGGAUUAUUUCUCUGAGGAAUUCCGAAAUGAUUUCCUAGAAUUGCUCAGGAGGAGAUUUGGAACAAAGAGAGUGCACAAUAAUAUUGUGUACAAUGAAUACAUCAGCCAUCGAGAGCACAUCCACAUGAAUGCCACACAGUGGGAGACACUGACUGAUUUUACAAAAUGGCUGGGGAGAGAAGGUCUUUGCAAGGUUGAUGAGACCCCUAAGGGCUGGUACAUUCAGUACAUCGACAGGGACCCAGAGACCAUUCGCAGGCAGCAAGAGCAAGAGAGGAAAAAGAAACAGGACCUUGAUGAUGAGGAAAAAACUGCCAAAUUCAUUGAGCAGCAAGUUAGAAGAGGUUUGGAGGGGAAAGAACUGGAAAUGCCAGUCUAUACUGAACUGAACAGAGAAAACGAAGAAGAAAAAGUUACAUUUAAUUUAAACAAAGGAGCAAGUACUUCAGUCGCAGCAUCUUCUAAAACAAGCAGUGUCCUUGGACAGAAUGCACUGAAGAUGGUGGAGGGGGCAGUUAAAAGAAAAGAAGUAGCUCAUAGCUCUGGUCAGUCCAAAGAGAAAAAGAAGAAAUCUGCACUGGAUGAGAUCAUGGAGCUUGAAGAGGAGAAGAAAAGAACAUCUCGAAGAGACUACUGGUUACAGCCUGAAAUUAUUGUAAAAAUUGUAACAAAAAAGCUUGGAGAGAAAUACCACAAGAAGAAGGCAGUUGUUAAGGAAGUGAUUGACAAAUACACAGCAGUUGUGAAGGUGAUUGACUCUGGGGACAAGCUGAAGCUUGAUCAGACACAUCUAGAAACUGUAAUACCAGCACCAGGCAAGAAAGUGAUGGUAUUAAAUGGUGGCUACAGGGGAAAUGAAGGCAUUUUGGAGUCCAUCAAUGAGAAGAGGUUUUCAGUGACAAUAACAAUUGACUCAGGACCUUUAAAAGGGCGCAGAGUUGAAGAUAUCCAGUAUGAAGAUGUUUCCAAACUUGCCUGAGGUGCUAAAUCAUACAUCAGAGAAGAUUUUGGUUCUCAAAACCUUCUUUGUGACAUCUUUCAGGCAGACACAAGACUCUACCAUGUCAGGGUUUUAAUUGUGUGUGUAUGUAUUUAUAAUGUAUAUAGACAUUCAAAAACAGCAAACUUGAUUUAUUUAAAGAUAGCUAUUGAUUUUUUGUUACAUAAAAUGUUUAUGGAAAUAC